GCCCACCCUCAUCUGCGCAACUUUCUUCCCAGAAACCCCUCUCCAUCUCUGAGACAGGGCCCUGGGGUCAGCUCUGCAAUGCCUGUGUCCCCAGCUCUUCUCUCUUUGGUCCCUACCCGCCUUUGCCUAUCUCCCUACUGGGGUGGGGCCGCCAGCUGGCUUUGGGCCCCGCCCCCGACUCCCAUCCAAUCACAGGCCCUUCUUCCGGAGGCUGGGCCGAAGGGCUGCGCUUGCAAGCUGCUAGCUCAGGCACUAGGCUCCCAGCCGGGGAUGAUGCGCAGCUACUCCUCCUGUCACCACCGCCAGCGACUGCCCCGACCAUCCGGUGUGCUGGGGCUGUUGCUGCUGCUGCUACCACUUGUCCUUGUAUCUCCUCUGGCAGCAGCUGCAACAGGCCCAGGGGGCUGUGACACCAUAUACCAGGGCUUUGCUGAAUGUCUCAUCCGCUUGGGGGACAGCAUGGGCCUGGGAGGCGAACUGGAGACUGUCUGCAGGUCUUGGAAUGACUUCCACAUCUGUGCCUCCCGAGUCCUAUUGCGCUGUCCGGAGGAGGCUGCCGCCGUGUGGGAGUCACUACAGCAAGAAGCUCGCCGCGCCCCACACCCAGAUAACUUGCAUGCUCUGUGUGGCACCCCUGUGCGCAUUAGGGAGCAUGGCAUGGGCCCUGAGACCAACCAGGAGACACUGCAGGCAACAGGGUCUGCACAUAGCCCAGCCCCUGCACCCCCACUGCUGGCAGCUGCUCUGGCACUUGCCUGCCUCCUAGGGCCUCUGGCCUAGCCAGUCUAGUGGAGUAGCGGCACCCCUGCCUCCUACCCUGCUCUGGUGGCUGCUGCUGGGGCUCUGCAGAGUGCCCUUGGCUUUCAUUAAAGGUAUUUAUAUUUGUACUAAGCUCCUUCCUUUCUUCUGGCUAUAGCCUGCUUGGCUGGGGCGGAGGCCUCCAGAAGCUGAUCCCCAGGACUGGAUGGGUGGGGCCCAUGGCUGCCACAGGGGACUCAAUCUUUCUACUUACAGACACUCAUUUCCCAGGGCUGGCUGUGCAAAGCUUUCCAUUGUGUGCAGGUUCCAAGAGCUCUGGUGGUGACCUGAAAUCUACCGGAAUGCACAGCCUUCCUCUGUUCUCCCAGGCUGUCAUUCCUACCCCUGCCUGCCCUUCAUAUCCUGGCCUUUACAGGCAAGGUGAGAGCGUGGAGUGUACCACCUCACCCCCAAGCUCCUCAAGCCAGUCCACCCCCAUCCCCACAUUCCAGCCUCCACAUUCCUGUCAUGCCACCACCUCAUCCUCCCUCUGCUAACUACCACCUUAGCCUUCAAGACAGAUUAAGUGCUCUGUCCUCUCCCUCUCCGGGGUCCUGAUCUACUUGAGUGGAGCCUGUUCCAGAAAGUGGGGAGUCCCUGUUGGGGUCUGUAUUCAAGUCCCUGAGGUGACCUGGAGCUGCAGAAACUGCGGUCAUAAUGAGGAUUCCUCUGGACUCUACUCAAGCUUGUUCUUUGAGAAGAGGUAUGCAUUGUGAAGUCAACAAUCCCAGAAGACUUUCUGGAAGCAUGGAAUGAGCAUGCGUGUGAGGAGCCCCUGUCCACUCUGGCGAAGAGCAAGAAUCUGCAUGGGCAGAAUCCUGAGGCAAGGAGGAGCCCUCAGAGAGGGUGAGACCCUCUCUCGGUCAUUCUUCCACCACCACCCCAUGACUUGUGUGGGCAGUGCCGUGAACUCACUGACUUCUGCUCACACUCCCUCUGCCUUAUUUGCCAUUUUUAAAAACUGAGAACUGAUUCUGAUGUUAAGCUCUUUUUCAUUCUAUGAGGCCCUCAUUCUGUGAGGCCCUGCAUAAACCAGCUCUGCCCACAGUUGCUUCAGUCCACUCCUGCAACUCCCUUCUGCUUGAGCAUGGAGCAGUGAUCUGCCUACCUAGUCCUUGACAUCAGGGGAGCCUUCAGGGAAGGCAUGUGAUGAGGGUGAUAGAAGAGGUCAGAAUGGAUGGGGCUGAGUUGGACAGGGCUUUACAAGAGGGGCCCAAAGGAAUCAGGGUUGGCAUUUAGAGCUUGGCAGACUAGGUAUACACUAGAGCCCAUGCCGGGGAGCUAUUGUUCCCAGGACAGAAUCGGGCCUAAUUGAACCAUUGUUUGGCUCCAGGGUGAUAGGUGCCUCCAGAGACUUCCAUCCUCACAUGUAGGAGCCCUACUUCAUCCAUGCUUCCCAAACACCUUCCCAUUCCACUUAGCUCAGAUACCUCAAUCAGCAAUCUCUGCCCUACCUUGACUUCUGUGCUUCAUUCACCUGUACUUUUAUCUCCACUUCUAUCUCCCAACCAGUCAUUACCCAUCUUCUCACAUGACUUGAAGGGGAAAAAUCAGGAGAAAACUCCUCCCACAACUGCCCCCCUUUGACCAGAAUUUUCCAGAAGGAAAUGCCAGCCUUUUAUUCCCUUGGGUCUUUGUACAUUUAUUCUCUGUACUCAGAAUACCCUUCCCCAUAUCCUCCUGGUGAACUCCUUUUCUUGUUCAGU